UAUGUUAUCAACUUAUACUGACCUACGCAUAGCUGUUGAAAAAUAGAUUAACUAAGAUCAUUAAUUUUCUAAAAAUGAUAACCUAAUUUUGAAAACGAAAGAACAAUUUUAGUUGGUUGAAGCACUUAAAUUGCUUGUACUUUCGUUUUUAAAAUUCCAUUUAGUUUUCAGAAAAUUAAUGUUCUUAUAUAUAUUUCAAACAACAAUACGUUUUUCCAAAGUAGAAGUGAUACACUUAAUACCAACAUCUCCAACGGAGUGAAGACAUCGAUCAUAACAUAACACUAUAUGGAUAGUGUUGUUAAAUACACUACUUGCAGUGUGUCGCAUUACCGAGAUAUCUGUUACAUGUGAAGGGGAAAUAACAGGACUGUAAGGUGCAGAAGACAUUUUUGAAAAAGACUCCACGCAAUUAGCGGAAGCCAUGGUGCUCGUGGUUGCAAGUCUAGAUUUUGGAACGACCUACUCGGGAUGGGCGUACUCGUUCACACACGAGUUUCAGCAGGACCCCACCCAGAUAAAAUCAAAACACUGGAAUGCAGACCAGUUCAUGUCAAAUAAAGCGCCAACGUGUGUUCUUAUAAAUUCUGAUGGGAAAACUGUAGACGCAUUUGGGUAUGAGGCUGAAGACAAGUAUGCCAAACUGGCGCAAAAAAACGAACACAAGGAUUGGUACUACUUUAAGCAUUUCAAGAUGAAACUAUUCGAGAGUGAGGGUUUGAGGACAAAUGACAUGCUCGAGGAUGCAACGGGCAAACCAUUAUCUGCACUUACCGUAUUCUCGUCUGCCAUCAAAUAUCUCCAUGACGACUUGUUCAAGACGCUGCAGAAUGGGACCGGUGGAAGCAUUUUUACAGAAGACAUUCACUGGGUGCUCACCGUUCCUGCAAUAUGGAGCGACAUUGCCAAGAAGUUUAUGAGACGCGCUGCGCUAGAGGCAGGUAUUGAGACCGGCCAACUUACCAUAGCGCUUGAACCAGAGGUGGCGUCAAUAUUCUGUCGUCAUUCUAAAAUGACCAGGACAGCAACCUCGUCCUCCGUUGACAUAUCGACGUUUCCACCUGGAACACGUUACCUUGUAUGUGACGCAGGAGGUGGAACUGUAGAUAUCACUGUCCAUGAAAUUACUCCAGACAUGCGUUUGAAAGAAAUUGCAAAAGCCAGCGGUGGUGCCUGGGGAGGAACACAGGUCAAUCUGCAGUUUGAACGAUUGAUUGAUACGAUAGCAGGUUGUAGCGUAAUAAAUGCGCUCAAAGAAGAAUUCAUGGACGACUAUUGUGAUCUUAUGGCGACAUUUGAGCUAAAAAAGAGAGAAUUCAAGGAUUCGUCAGACGUUUUGUUUCGUUAUCCCUCUUCUAUGAGGAAGAUGGUUAAAAAACUGACGGAUGCAUCGUUGGAGGAUCAAAUUGAGAGAUCAAUUUAUAAAGGCAAGAUUUCACGAAAUCGCGAUAAACUUUGUAUCAACUAUGACGUCAUGAUAUCAUUGUUUAAGACGACAAUUCAUAAUAUAAUUGAACACAUAUCUACCUUGAUAUGCAACCACGCUGAGAGGCAAAUCGGACACAUCGUGAUGGUCGGGGGAUUUUCUGAGUCACCGCUGUUGCAACGAAGAGUGAAAGAGGCUUUCAGAGGACAGCACAUUAUCAUUCCUUCAGAGGCGGGUCUAGCGAUUCUUAAAGGUGCUGUCAUAUUUGGACACAACAAGCAGAGUAUCGUUUCAAGAAUUGCGCGGUUUACUUAUGGAAACGACUGUUUUACGGAUUUUGAUGAAUCUAUUCAUCCGAUUAGUAGGUUAUAUAUAAGAAAAGACAACAAGAAACGUUGUGCAGGAUUUUUUUCUAAGUUGGUAGAGGUAGGACAGUCUAUUCCAGUGGAUUACGCUGCAGGGUCCAAAAAGUAUUACCCAAUAGAUGACAAUACUGGUUACAUGGCGAAGAUUUGUGCCACCAAAGAGAAGGCACCGAAAUUUGCAGAUGACCCAGGAUGUUUUCGUGUUGGUAAAUUCUAUGUAGAUUGCGAGGAUAGGGAAGGAAACAUCGGAGGCGCUAUGAUUAGCAUGUAUUUUGGAGGGACUGAAAUCGAAGUCAAAGCCUCUCUGUUGUCCACUGGUGAAGAAACGUCAGCCACGUUCGAUCUUCCGGACUGAAUCCUUUCCUUCUACCUCAAAUUUUGACGGGUUUGUUUAUUGAGGUAUGCUCAGUCGAUUGCUACUGGAGCUUUAAAUUAUUCUUGUGUACUGUGGAUGUUUUCAUUUUCACAAUGUUGGUUAAAAUAGCAUGAAGGAAAUGCUGCAUGCUGUAUCAAUUGUAUCAAUUUUAUUGAGUAAUGCCCUCUUUCAAUUUACAACACUGGUUGAAAGAAAGAACGAAACAUAUGAUGCCAUCUUAUUUGACAUUAAACAUAAGCACAGUUCUCAUGAAGACAAUGAGAGAAUGAGAACGGAAUGGGGUUGGAAUUCAUUUAUUGAUUCGGUUAUGUUCUAAUUCAAGACACUUGUCUUUACAGUUUUAUUGGUCGAACAAAAGCUGUUUGACUUAGCUUUGUGGCAAAGCCGAGAAACUUUUAUGGUUUUUGUCAGUCUAUUGAAUUUAUCAUCAUUUAUAUAAUUUAUUGACACAUGAAAUUGAUAAAAAUUUCGUUUCAAGAAUUUGACAUACACUUGUGUAAGUAAAGUCCAGUGUCUUGUGACAGCGAAAACCCAUGUAUCAUGAAUUCGCGGAAUCAUCUAUUUCUUCAUUCUUCGAAAAUUAAUCACAACUCAAAAUAAAUCUUCAAAUACAUCAAAUUAAUUCCACAAAGAGGUGAAAAAAGUUUUCCUAUAUUUGCAAAAGUUUAUGUUAAUGGUACUUUGAACGCGUCUACAGUGUCAUGCUUGAAAAACACCGACGUCAAUGGUUUUGUUUUACUGUGGGGCGAAUACCUCUUUAAAUGGCGUGGUUACCUCUUUAUAUGAUGUGGUUACUUGAUAUAUGACCCGGUUACUAUUUUAUAUGAUAUGUAUAAUUCUUGACAUGAUAUGAUUCUUCUUUCUAUUGUGUAGAUACUUUAUUUAUAUGUUAAGGUUACUUCUAUAUAUGAUGCGAAUUUUUCUAUACAUGUUGAGGAUACUUCUUUAUAUGAAAUGGUUUCUUGAAUAUAUAGUGAUGGGACUUCUCGAUGUGGUGCGGUUACUUCUGUAUAUGAUGUUGUUGCCACUUUUUUAAUGUGGAUACUUCUUUGCAUGGUGUGGGUACUUAUUAGUUAAGACUGGCGUUGCUCUGAUAUCAAACCAAUAAAUAAUCAGGAGUCGUAUACAAAUUGUAUUUUGCCCAAUUUUUAAUAUAUCUCGAGAUGUCAUGACAUCCAGUCAUAAGAAACGUAUUUGUUUUCAUUUGCCAAUAAAAACAUAAGAUUA